GGCAUUCCGCGUGACGUAGCAAAGAAAAAGAGCAACAUUGUCAAGCCCCUUCGAUGACGUCAUCGCGCACGCAUAAAGCUCUCGACGGCGGAGCGCGAUGGACCUUUCGCGGCAGCUGCUCGUGGCGGGUGACGAGACCUUCCCCGAGGACGACGACAUAAUGGCCACCACCAUUCCUCACAUGGCCCAUGAGGCGCUGUUUGUGCGCAGCACGGAUCUUCCCACGCACACCCCCCGCGUGCGAGGAUACGAUUUCAGCGGCGGCGUUGAUCACCACGCACUGCUCGGCAGCCUCCUGACCACGGGCUUCCAGGCCACCGCGUUUGGGCAGGCGGUGCUGGAAGUCAACCGCAUGAUCGCCAAACGCAAAGAGCCUAUCCCUGUGGAUCAAGAUAGUGAUGGCGAUGGGUUGGUGGUGAAGGCCUCGGAAUCAUCUGAUGAGAAACCUCUCAAAAAUUGCACCAUCUUCCUCGGAUACACUUCCAACAUGAUCUCAUGUGGAGUGCGGGAGUCCCUGAAAUUCUUGGUGCAGCACAGCAUGGUGGACGUGAUUGUGACGACGGCGGGUGGAGUAGAGGAGGACCUCAUUAAGUGCAUGGCUCACACCUUCGUGGGGGACUUCGCACUCAAGGGCAAGGACCUUCGUCUAAAGGGGAUCAACAGAACUGGCAAUCUCCUUGUACCCAACAAUAACUACUGUCUGUUCGAGGACUGGGUGAUGCCCAUAUUGGAUCAAAUGUUGUUGGAGCAAACGACUCAGAACAUGAAGUGGACUCCAUCUAAGAUGAUCGCUCGUCUGGGGAAGGAGAUUGACAACCCGGAUUCUGUGUGCUAUUGGGCUUACAAGAACAACAUCCAAAUCUUUAGCCCAGCAAUUACAGACGGCUCCUUGGGAGACAUGCUCUACUUCCACUCAUACCGCAACCCAGGCCUAAUUUUGGACGUCAUUGAAGACAUCAGAUUGAUGAACAACCAUGCUGUGCAUGCGAAGAACACAGGGAUGAUUAUUCUCGGAGGUGGUGUAAUCAAACACCAUAUUUGCAAUGCAAAUCUUAUGAGGAACGGUGCCAACUUCUCAGUGAACAUCAACACCGCCCAGGAGUUUGACGGCUCCGACUCGGGGGCCAGACCCGAUGAAGCUGUAUCCUGGGGCAAGAUCAGCAUCACUGCCAAGCCCGUCAAGGUUUAUGCGGAUGCUUCCCUCGUGUUCCCUCUCCUUGUGGCCGAGACGUUCGCCCGUGAACAUUUUUCUUUAGAAUCUUCCAAGAAGCCUGGUGAAUAGCCUGGACAGAGGGGGCUGGGGAAGGCGGGAGGGAGUGGGAGGGACAGAGGAGGAGACGGGAGAAAGGCAGAGUAGGGAUAGAUGACAGUUUAACACGUAUGCUUUCGCAAUCAAUAUUAUCCAUAAUAAUGUGGGUUUAAUCUCCAAUUAAUGAGCAUGUUUUUUUAUGGGACAAACCUUACUAAUUGGCUGUCGGGUUUAAUGGAAUUCAUAUUUAUGCAAUCUAACCCAAAAUCAUUUUUAUGGAUAGAUAAGAGAGGGGAGAGGAGAGCGAAUUUGGGAAGAGUAAAUGUUCGUUGGUUUGUAUUUUGGUUGUUAACUUUAAACUUUGUAAAUAUGUUUUAAAAAAAUAUUUCAGCAUGUAGUUUAACUGCUGAUGUUUUAUUGGAGUUGCUUUCCAUGAGAGUUAUGUUUAUGCUGCUUCAGUGACACGAGCACGGGUAUGGCCAGCACCACUGCCUGGCCACCUUUGUUAAGUGUUGAUGUUUACCCAUUGCACACAGUACUCAAUUUAAGGGCGAGUGGACCUUCAAUCAAUCGGUUUGUUUAUCACAUGGAAGGUCUUAUUUAGCCAGUUACCCAGAUAGUUUGCAAGGCAGAUAUGUGGUGCAUCAGCACAGAACAUGAAAAACAACAAAGCUAAACUUAGAGGAAUAUGUCACGGCAGAAGAGCUAGGGGCAAAAAUCGUGCCCAAAGAACAAUUAUGUUAAAAUAAACAGGCAUAUUGCACAGAAAAUAGAAGCAUUGCACCAAAAACAAGGAUGAUAUAAUAAAUUAUUUGAAAGGAAAUAUCAGCGAGGUGAAACAAAAUCGAUUGAGCAAAUAAAACAACACAUGUGAAACGUAACAGCGAACGGGUUAGGUACAGGUACAGUCUAACUGCAAUCUGAGCUGUAAGUAAUUUUAAAUUAUGAGAGAGAUCCGGGAUCUAGGACUAUUAAUGCAGUAUGUUAAAGACUAAACUAUAAACUAUUGUUAUUUUACCAGGUAAGACCCACUGAGCUAUAUAGCUUUUUUUCAGAAGCGACCUGCCCAAAAAUGAUAGCUCAAUGAGAAGUGAAUUCCGUUCAAAUUUAUAACAGCCAAAAACUCAAAACAUAUGUUUGAAAAUGUGGAGGGAAAAACCGGAGGACCCGGAGAAAAAUCCACCUCCAAUAUACAGGCGUCAGGAUCGAGCCGACGACCUCCUAUAUACCAGGAGAGGUAGUUAAUAUCUCACCACUAAACUCGUAUAAACACACAAAUCUAGUCCGAAGACUCAGCAAUUCCUGAAGAAGGCCAGUCAUCCAAAACAAUCAGUCUUUGUCCUCUGACAGUACAAAUAUCCUGUUCUAUUUUUCUUCAUCAUAGCACUCGUAUUUGUCACUGAUUUGCAGUGUAUGAAAAACACUAAGCAAGUAAUGCCACGGUUAUUUCACUCGUUUCGCAUUGCUAUGUUGACUAACGUAUUGUUUAAUGACUAUCUCUACAAAGCUUCCCCCGUGUGUGACAGUCUGAGACACAGUGUGGGUGUGAGGCUACUUGAGAAGAAAUUUGUUUGGGUUGUGUCUCUACAGUGGUCAUUUAUAUUCUAAUUUACCUCAUGCUCUAAAGACUGUCCGCAAAGUCACAAUAGUCACAAUAUACUUUACAAUAUCUGCCUACAUUAAUGCUUUUCAACAAUGGUUACCAAUUUUUUGGGAAGCUCAUUCUAACCAUAUAAGCUGGCAACACCACCCACUUUAACAUCGCCACUACUUCGGUGACCCCAUCCCUUUGCCUGUAUCUUCAUAGUUAUGCAUGAAGCCUUGAACUUUUUAAAAGUUGGGACAAAAUCCCGAUUUUGAUCAACGUUUUAGAAAACCACCUUUCUGAAACCACCGGGUGUGUCGCGGCCGAACGAGUUCAUUUGGUAGCCUAAUUUUUGCUUCUAAAGUAAAGAUUGUUGCACAAAAUGAGUUGGCAAUCAAGGUGUAGGAUUCAGUUGUGCUGUGACAAUGACCGAUUACACGAAGAUAUCCUCGAAAUGAGGCACUGGACGGGUACAAUUUCGUGGACAGUUUGUCAAAAGUGGGCAGUAAUGUAUUUGUUGCAGUAAUUUGCACAUGCUGUCAACGCUGCCUUUCCUGUAUGAAACUGUGGGAAUUCAUAUUUUGCCGUUAACACAAUAAAACAAAAUUGUGACAGGCGUCCUUU